AGACAACGCCAGAGUCAUGCCUCUUUUUUUUCAUACGCUUGUUUGACUUCUAGCGUGUGUAACGCUGUUGCACCUCCUCUCACCCCUCCCGUUGUCUAGUUGACAGGAAUCUCCUCAGGCAGGAUUGGAAAGCACUGACAGAGAGAAACCGUCUCAGGGGAGCUCAUCUGCGUGCUCGUCAUCCUCACCAGGGUCUUGACCUGACUGAAGUUCGGAAUUGUAACCUACUUCAGUGGGCAAAUGCUCACCAUCGAUGGCCACUUGCAUGCUGGAGAAGUGUGCUCUUCACGGAUGAAUCCCGGUUUCAACUGUACCAGGCAGAUGGCAGACAGUGUAUAUGGCGUUGUGUGGGCGAGCGGUUUGCUGAUGUCAACUUUGUGAACAGAUAACCCCACCACCACUAUGGGGAAAUUGGUAUGGGCAGGCAUAAGCUACGGACAAUGAACACAAUUGGAUUGUAUCGAUGGUAAUUUGAAUGCAUAGAGAUACUGUGACAAGAUCCUGAGGCCCAUUGUCGUGAAUUCAUCCGCUGCCAUCACCUCAUGUUUCAGCAUUAUAAUGCACGGCCCCAUUUCGCAAGGAUCUCUACAAAAUUCCUGGAAGCGGAUAAUGUCCCAGUUCUUCCAUGGCUUGCAUACUUACCAAACAUGUCACCCAUUGAGCAUGCUUGAGAUGCUCUAGAUCGACGUGUACGACAGUUUGGCUGCUGUUGUGAAAUCUCUAGCCUGGCAAGGCAAGCACAUCACUCUUUUUCUGAUGAGUCAGAGCAAACGGAUAAUGGCCGUUCCUCCUACCUAUGUUGACCUUGGCAAGUCCGCCAAGGAUGUCUUUACCAAGGGAUACGGUUUUGGUCUCAUCAAGCUGGACUUGAAAACAAAGUCAGAUAAUGGACUGGAGUUCACCAGCACGGGCUCUGCCAACACCGAGACCAGCAAAGUGGCCGGCACCCUGGAGACCAAGUACAAGUGGGCCGAACACGGACUGACCUUCACUGAGAAGUGGAACACCGACAACACUCUGGGCACUGAGAUUACUCUGGAGGACCAGUUGACCAAAGGGCUUAAACUGACGUUUGAUUCCUCCUUCUCGCCAAACACUGGCAAGAAGAGUGGUAAGAUCAAGACUGGCUACAAGAGGGAGCACAUCAACCUGGGGUGUGAUGUGGACUACGACAUUAACGGGACGGCUGUGCACGGCAUGGCGGUGGUGGGCUACGAGGGCUGGCUGGCCGGCUACCAGAUGACCUUCGAGGCCGGGAAGAACAGGGUCACCCAGAGCAACUUCGCCGUUGGCUACAAGACCGACGAGUUCCAGCUCCACACAAAUGUAAAUGACGGCACCGAGUUCGGGGGCUCCAUCUACCAGAAGGUGAACGACCAGCUGGAGACAGCAGUCAACCUGGCCUGGACCGCUGGCAACAGCAACACCCACUUUGGCAUUGCAGCCAAGUACCAGAUUGAUGCCGACGCAUCUUUCUCGGCCAGAGUGAACAACUCUAGCCUUGUGGGCCUGGGAUACACUCAGACUCUGAAGCCUGGCAUUAAGCUGACCCUUUCUGCUCUCCUGGAUGGGAAAAACAUUAACACAGGUGGGCACAAGCUCGGCCUUGGCCUAGAGUUUGAGGCAUAAGAAGGCAAGGAACACAACAACAACCCCAAACCUUUUACAACAACCAAAUAUGUUAUUGAAAUAGCUAUCCUCACAACCUUGUUUCCCUUACAGUAGAUGUGCUUUGGUUGAGGUGAGCCGGCACACGUGGUGAAAUCGCACUACAGUUGAUAUUCCACUUUUACAGGACCAUUUCAGAUAAAAUAUUUUGGAAUACAGGGCCCAGUUUAGAAUAAAACUAAGAUGUUUUAAUGGUCGGCAAAAUGUAAAAAUGAUAAAGGUCUGUUAAGGUCUCAUGUAAACACUAAUUUAUUUAUAUAUAUUUUCAAAGUGGAUAAGAGAAAAUAAGAUACUGUAGAUUUAAGACAAAUUAAAGGAUUUGGUAAACAGUUUACUUUUUGUCCACAUGGUGGGGCUGUUGCAUUAAACAGAUCACUGGUACUGGAUUACAACAUAAACAUUCCUUGGCCAAGGUGAAAUAUUCCUCUACUGGAGAGUUCUCUCCUUGUAAACCCUCUGACAAAGAAGGGAAGUGUCUAAGAUAUUAUAUUAUUAUGGGAUGGGUAAGUGGUCCUUCACUUAAGCAGCAUUAGCUCUGAGGCACUAACUACUUUCUGGGAAUAUGGGGCCAUUUAGGAUCAAACUUGUUUUUGACUCGUCUGUCUGUGCAUUUGGUGUGAAUUAUUUUUUAUUACAUAUAGCAAAAAUAUAUUAACAAUGUUCUUGAAUACUUAACCUGUCUGUGAAGUGUAAGGCAAACCUCAAUUGUUCCCAAAUAGAAAGGUAACCUGUCCUGCACACUAUACAACAUCCCUCUUAACACAAAUGAUUUUACAAGGAAUGUUAGUCUUCCGAUGAUGGUGUUGGAACAGACAAACUCUGUGUACCUGACGUUGUUACUCCGUUAAAUAAAGAACAACAUCUUGAA